GACAAGAAUCAUUUUUCUUUCUACAUCUCUCCUUUAACAGUUGCUCAAACCCCAUCCUCUUCAAAUGGCUACUUCUCCUCCUAUCUUCCUCCUCCUCCUUAUCCUAUCAUCAGCCCUACUCCCAGUCAAAUCCAACACAACCACCAUCGAAUCAACUUGCAAAACCACAAACUACUACGACCUCUGCGUCUCAGCUCUCAAAUCCGACCCAAGAAGCCCCACAGCAGACACAAAAGGUUUCGCCGCCAUUAUGGUCGGCGUUGGCAUGACAAACGCCACAGCAACCGCCACUUACAUCACCGGGAACCUAACCACCACCGCUAAAGACGCCGUCCUUAAGAAGGUGUUAAAAGAUUGCUCAGACAAGUAUACUCUCGCAGCUGAUUCUCUCCGGCUAACGAUUCAAGAUCUUGAUGAUGAAGCUUAUGACUAUGCUUACAUGCAUGUGCUGGCGGCUCAGGAUUAUCCUAAUGUCUGCAGGAAUAUUUUCCGGCGAGUUAAGGGUCUGGUUUAUCCGGCAGAGAUUAGCCGGCGCGAAGUGAGUUUGAGAAGUAUAUGUGGUGUUGUCUCCGGUAUUCUUGAUCGGCUGGCUGAAUGAUUCUGGUUGUACCAUUUUAGUUGUAAAAAAAAAAAAGUUGUAAUAUUUUAUCAAAUGAGAAACUUGGUUAAAUGUAAUUAAAUUCAAAAUUUGUAAGUUCAAUACUACCUAUUACUUUAUUGCUA